ACCCGAGUGUGUACAUGUCAUAUAGAAGCAUAUGGUAUUAAUAAAAGGAGAAUGAAAUUUCAAAUAUUAUUAUAUAUGGAGUGUGAAGAUAAAACUAUCCAAUUAUAUAUAACUAAACUAACUUAAAAACAGAACAGGUAACAGUAAUAAUUCAAUAAACAUAUGACUUAUACAUUCAAGAAAAAAAAAAAAGAAAGAAAUUAGUUCAAAAUUUGUGGAAGGCUUAUUCUACACAAAUCACUUUCUAUACUUUAUUCUUAAUAAUUGAUGAUACUUUGUUGUUCUAUGUAAUCUUCAACAUAAUCUCACCACACAAUCAUUCAUCUCCUAAAAAAGAAGGCAAGAAGAAGUCCUUUUAUAUUUUAUUUGUUUUUUUUUAACUAUAAUAUUAUGUUGACAAGGCAUGAAUCAUUAUGUUCUUUCCAAUUACUCCAAAUAUGUUGUCUACAAAAACUCAACAUCUUCAAACUCAAAAACAAGAUACUUAAACAUGGAAAGUACCAACUCUUCUUCAUCAAUAUCUCUUCUAUCAUUACCUUGCAACUCAACCUCUGAUCUUCAUUUCAACACCCUGUUCUCUAACCUUAACACCACCCUCAUCUUCUCGAAAACCCGAAAAUCCACCAAUAAUGUCCCUCUCCCUCAUUUCCUCUGUACCUCCAUGUCCAUGCAACUCAAACUCCAACCACCGACACCAAAAAAGCCACCACCUACUUCUCAUAUAACACUAAAAUCCUCCAUGAAUAACCUAUCGGUUUUUGAACGCGCUUUCAUUGGCACGUUAGCAGGAGCAUCUGCCGGUGCAUUCACUUACUUCUGCCUACACCCACUAGACACCAUCAAAACAAAGCUUCAGACUAAAGGGGCUAGCCAAAUUUACAAAAAUACCCUCGACGCGAUCAUUAAGACCUUCCAAACUAAAGGGAUAUCAGGGUUUUACAGUGGCAUAUCUGCUGUAAUAGUUGGUUCAACAUUCUCAUCUGCUUUAUUAUUUGGAACUUGUGAGUUUAGCAAAUCAUGCUUGUCGAAAUUCGAUGAAUUCCCCUCUUUGUUAGUCCCUCCUACAGCUAGUUUAAUGGGCAGUAUUGUGUCUUCUGCAGUAAUGGUACCUAAAGAGUUAAUAACACAAAGAAUGCAAGCUGGUGCAAAGGGAAAAUCAUGGGAAAUAUUAGCCCAAAUUUUGAGAAAAGGCGGUAUAUUAGGGUUGUACACUGGUUACUCUGCCACAUUACUAAGAAAUUUACCUGCAGGGGUUCUGAGUUAUUCAUCUUUCGAGUGGCUUAAAAUCGCGGUACUAAAGAAGGGAAACAAGGAGAAGCUGACACCAUUGGAGAGUGUUUGUUGUGGUGCAUUAGCCGGGGCGAUUUCAGCCUCACUGACAACACCCCUAGAUGUUGUUAAGACAAGGAUGAUGACUCAAUUUCAAGGGGUGGUUGUUAAUGAUGGUGUUAGUGGAAUAAUUAAGCAAAUUUUGAUGGAAGAAGGUUGGGUUGGUUUAACAAGAGGAAUGGGUGCAAGAGUUGUUCAUAGUGCUUGUUUUUCUGCUAUUGGUUAUUUUGCAUUUGAGACUGCUAGACUUGCUAUUUUGGAUCAAUAUCUUAAGCAUAAAAAUCAGUCUAAGGAAAUCAUGGCUUUAGAACCUUCAUUAAAUGGGUAGUUUGCACUUUUUUUAUGAAUGAAAUUACUCUGUUUUCUUAAUAAAUUUUACAAUGCUCUUUUUUAUGG